GUUUGACUCCUGUUCCUUCUCUUCCAGUGCCGUGAGCCUGAAGCAAGCACGUGAAGUGAAAGACCCAUUACCAGCCAAAGAAGUGGCAGCGAUUUUGUUUCCUGUUUAAAGAGACAAAGAAAUUGCACAAACAUGGCCAAGAAAGAGGAUGACCUUGAUGUGUUGCUCCCUAGCUGGGCGGGGGCUGCUGCACAUGGGUUUACUAUAAGUGGCAGUGAUGAUGGCAUCUUCAUCAAGGACGUGGUUGAAAACUCCCCAGUAGGAAAGAGUGGAGUAAUGAAAGAAGGUGACCAAAUCGUAAGUGCAACUAUUUACUUUGAUGAAAUGGGGUAUGAUGAAGCACAGAAAAUUCUGCAGACAGUGGAUCGACACACAGUGGGACUGAAGUUACAUCGGAAAGGAGAAAGGCUUUCUCCCGGGGGAAAUUACUCCUGGGACCCGGAUCGAUUUGGGGCCACGAGUCCAGAAGCUGUAUUGAGUGGAGAUGAUGAAGACUAUCAGAGGAUUUUCAGAAAGAAAAUCAAGCCUCGUCUGAAGUCAGAAGAUGGUAUAGAGGCACCAGAUCAAGAUGACAUAUCUUCCAGUGUACGUAUCACCAGAAAGGUCAUUACACGCACAGUUCAUGUGACUAAUCCCACAGCUAUGACAGAUGUAGACAUCCACAGUCCAGAAUUUAAAAUAAAAGUCCCACGGCAUGAGCAAGUCAGUAUUGAAGGAUCAGGACCAAGGCUGGAAUCAUCAGAGAUGGAUAUGGAUGUUAAUCUCGCGGGCGCGGAAGGUUUAAAAUUUCAAAUGGGAGAUGGUCAACGGACAACACACACCAUGCACAUUGUAAAAACAAAAGUUGUAGAGGUGACUGGACCUGAUACAGAACAUGGCCAAACUACUUUCCACAUGCCGCAGAUCAACUUGGCAGGUGGAACAGUGCAAACAUCCAACCUUGAUGUCAAAUUUGCAAACACAGACAUGGGUAGGUCUGCACCAAAUGUUGAUGUCAGUCUCCCAAAGACGAGUAUUGGCUUUUCAGACCCAAACGUUACAACAGGUAUGCAAGUGGCUGCCAUUGAUACAACAAUAAUGAAACAAAAUGUUCAUACUGAAGAUUCAGAUGGAAAAAUCAGCACGCAUUCAAUCAAGAUGCCAGCAUGUACUAUUUCUGAAAUGCACAUUGAAAGCAAAUUCCCAGAAGGCGAUAUUAAAGCAACUGGAACCAAGAUCAAAGGUAAUGUUGAAAUGCAUGAUACAGAUCUGGCUUCUGGUAAAAUCAGAAAACCACAAUAUAAGAUUUCAGGAGUCAAUGUUUCAGAAUCAAAAUAUCAUAUCUCUUAUCCAGAUCUGGAAAUCGAACAAACAAAAGUGACAGAAGAACUUGACGCCCCAAAGAUCACUUUUGAGCGUGACAUUAAAGUUCCAAAUGUGAAUAUUAAAGGCACCAAAGUUGAGACAACUGCAAUGAAACAAAGUGGCCUCAAGUUUGAAGCGCCAUCUACACAUUUUGCCAAGCAACAGGCUCCAGAUUUGAAUCUCAAGGGCCCAAAGGUGAAAGGAGAACAUUGCAUUCAAAUGCCUUCUGCAAAUACAGAGGUGAGGAUCAAAGGUCCUAAGGUGGAUGUGGAUAUGCCAGAGGCUGAGAUUGAAGGGCGCAGUGCAAUGUUCAAUUUGCCAAGAUUCAAAACACACAAAUUCCAAACUAGUGGGUUGAAGCUGGAAGGUCAAGAUGUGAACAUUGAUGCCAAUCCUCCCGAGGUAGAUGUUAACCUUUCAGGACCCUCGUUGAAAGGAGAAGCUCAAAUGCCAAAUGUGAAUAUUGAGGGAACCGGUAAAAUAUCGGGAGCAAAAUUUGGUAUGCCAGGAUUCAAUGUCUUAGCACCUAAAACAGGAAUGGCCGAUUAUAAUCUGGACUUUAAAGGUCCAAAAGUGGAAGGAGAUAUUGCCGUUCCUGAUGUAAAUCUGAAAGGUGACAUUAAGGGCCCAAAAGUAGAUUUUAAAGGCCCCAAAGUUCAAAUUGAGGAAACUGAUAUAAAAGGAAGUGGAGCCCAGUUUUCAAUGCCACAUAUGAACUUGCCCAAGGUUCAGGCUCCUGAAAUUGAUUUGAAUUUCAGAGGCCCAAAACUGGAAGGGGAUCAUGGUAUUGGUGUACCUUCGGGAAAGGUGGAGAAAGAGCUCAAAGGACCUCAGGUAGAUCUUGAUGUGGGCGUAUCAGGAGCAGGAGGUACAAAGUUUGGCCUGCCAAAACAUAAACUGCCCAAAUUCCACAUGGAUGGGUCCAAAGUGGAAGUUCCAGUUGUCCACAUGGGUGGGAACAUUCGUGGCGCUGAUGUUAAACUCUCUGGAUCAAAGCUAGGAGGGGAUGUUAAAAUACCAGAUGUAGAUGUUGAGGGAACUGGUAAAAUAAAGGGCUCAACAUUGAAAGGGGACUUGGCUUCUGGAAAGGUGGAGGGAGGGAUCAAAGCACCUAAGGUUCAUGUUGACAUGGAUGUGCCAAGCGGUGAUGUUGGAGGUGUCAGUGGAAACAUGCGCGUGCCAAAAUUUAAAUUGCCCAAAUUCCAAAUGAGUGGGUCUAAAGUGGAAUGUUCAGAUUUGGACUUUGAUGUGGAUAUUCCAAGUGGCGACAUUAAACUAUCUGGACCCAAGCUAGAAAGAGAUGUUGAAAUGCCUGAUGUAGAUGUAGACGUUGAGGGAGCUGUUAAAAUCACAGACCCUAAAUUCAGCAUGCCAGGAUUCAAUCUGUCAGCACCCACGAUAGGAAUGCCUGAUGUUAAUCUGGACCUCAAAGGAACAAAAAUAGGCCAAAUCGAAGUCCCCGAUGUCAAAUUAAAACGUGAUAUCAAGGGCCCAAAUCUCGAUAUUAAAGGUCCCAACGUUAAUAUCGAGACACCUGACUUAAAGGGAAGAGGAGUUAAGUUUUCACUGCCAUCGAUGCAUUUGCCCAAGAUAGAGGCACCAGACAUUAACUUGAAUUCCAAAGGUUCAAAACUGAAAGGAGACUAUGGUGUUGACAUGCCUUCUGGAAAGUUCGAGGGAGAGAUCAAAGGACCUAAGGUUGAUGUUGAUGUGGAUAUGCCACAAGUUGAUGUUGAAGGAGAUGGUGGAAACUUCAGCUUGCCAAAGUUUAAAUUGCCCAAAUUCCACAUGGGUGGUUCAAAAGGAGGUCCAGAUGUGGGAGUUGACAUGAAUCUUCCUGAGGCCGAUGUUAAACUAUCUGGACCUAAGAUAGAAGGAGAUGUUAAAAUGCCCGAUGUAGAUGUAGAUGUUGAGGGGGCAGGGAAAUUCAAAGGCCCAACAUUCAAAACCCCAGGAUUCGAUGUCUCAGCACCCAAGAUACGAAUGCCUGAUGUGGACCUCAGAGGUCCAAAAAUGAGAGGAAAUUAUGACGUGGAUUUGCCGUCUGGAAAGGUGGAGGGCAAGAUCAAAGGACCCAAGGUUGAUGUGGAUGUGCCAGGGGGUGAUGUGGAAGGAGGCGGUGGAGGAUUCAGCGUGCCAAAAUUUAAAUUGCCCAAAUUCAGAAUGGGUGGGUCUAAAGUGGAGGGCCCAGAUAUGGACAUUGAUGCAAAUAUUCCUAGUGGUGACAUUAAACUAUCUGGACCCAAGCUGGAAGGCGAUGUCGAAAUGCCUGAUGUAGAUGUAGAUGUUGAGGGAGCUGGUAAAAUCAAGGGAUCUAAAUUCCACAUGCCAAAAUUCAAUCUCUCAGCACCCAAAAUAGGAAUGCCUGAUUUCAAUCUGGGCGCCAAAGGUCCAAAAGUGGAAGGAGAUGUUGGUAUUCCUGAUGUUAACCUGGAAGGUGACAUUAAGGGUCCGAAUGUCGACAUUAAAGGCCCCAGGGUUGAUAUUGAGACACCAGAUGUAAAUGGAAGCAAGGGCAAGUUUUCAAUGCCAUCCAUCCAUAUGCCUAAGUUUCAUGCACCAGAUAUUGAUUUGAAUUUCAAAAGUCCAAAAGUAAAAGGUGACUAUGAUGUUGAAAUGCCUUCUGGAAAGUUCGAGGGAGAGAUCAAAGCACCUAAGGUUGACGUUGACAUGGAUGUGCCAGGGGGUGAUGUUGAAGGAGUCGGUGGAAAGUUCAGCUUGCCAAAAUUUAAAAAAAAGUUUCCAGAUGUGGACAUUGAUGCAAAUAUUCCUGAGGCUGAUAUUAAACUAUCAGGACCUAAGAUACAAGGAGGUGUUGAAAUGCCUGAUGUAGAUCUAGACAUUGAGGGUGGCAGUAAAAUUAAGGGACCUAAAAUCCAUAUGCCAAAAUUCAAUCUCUCAGCACCCAAAAUAGGAAUGCCUGAUUUCAAUCUGGGCGCGAAAGGUCCAAAACUGGAGGGUGAUGUUGGUAUUCCUGAUGUUAACCUGGAAGGUGACAUUAAGGGUCCAAGUGUUGACAUUAAAGGCCCCAGAGUUGAUAUUGAGACACCAGAUGUAAAAGGAAGUGGAUUCAAGAUGUCAAUGCCUUCCAUCCACAUGCCUAAGUUUCAGGCACCAGACCUUGAUUUGAAUUUCAAAGGUACAAAGCUAGAAGGCGAGUAUGUUGUUGAAAUGCCUGCUGGAAAGGUGGAGGGUGAAUGCAAAGGACCUAAGGUUGAUGUGGACGUGGAUGUGCCACAAGUUGAUGUUGAAGGAGAUGGUGGAAAGUUCAGCUUGCCAAAGUUUAAAUUGCCCAAAUUCCACAUGGGUGGUUCAAAAGGAGGUCCAGAUGUGGGAGUUAAUAUGAAUCUUCCUGAGGCCGAUGUUAAACUAUCUGGACCUAAGAUAGAAGGAGGUGUUAAAAUGCCCGAUGUAGAUGUUGAGGGUGCAGGGAAAUUCAAGGGCCCAUCAUUCAAAACGCCAGGAUUCGAUGUCUCAGCACCCAAGAUACGAAUGCCUGAUGUGGACCUCAGAGGUCCAAAAAUGGGAGGAAAAUAUGACGUGGAUUUGCCGGCUGGAAAGGUGGUGGGUAAGAUCAACGGUCCCGAUGUUGAUGUGGAUGUGCCACGAGUUGAUGUGGAAGGAGGCGGUGGAGGAUUCAGUAUGCCAAAAUUUAAAUUGCCCAAAUUCCGAAUGGGUGGGUCUAAAGUGGAGGGCCCAGAUAUGGACAUUGAUGCAAAUAUUCCUAGUGGUGACAUUAAACUAUCUGGACCCAAGCUGGAAGGCGAUGUCGAAAUGCCUGAUGUAGAUGUAGAUGUUGAGGGAGCUGGUAAAAUCAAGGGAUCUAAAUUCCACAUGCCAAAAUUCAAUGUCUCAGCACCCAAAAUAGGAAUGCCUGAUUUCAAUCUGGGCGCCAAAGGUCCAAAAGUGGAAGGAGAUGUUGGUAUUCCUGAUGUUAACCUGGAAGGUGACAUUAAGGGUCCGAAUAUUGACAUAAAAGGCCCCAGAGUUGAUAUUGAGACACCAGAUGUAAAUGGAAGCAGGGGCAAGAUUUCAAUGCCAUCCAUUCACAUGCCUAAGUUUCAUGCACCAGAUAUUGAUUUGAAUUUCAAAAGUCCAAAACUAAAAGGAGACUAUUUGAUGUGUGAAGGAGAUGGUGGAAAGUUCAGCUUGCCAAAGUUUAAAUUGCCCAAAUUCCACAUGGGUGGUUCAAAAGGAGGUCCAGACGUGGGAGUUGACAUGAAUCUUCCUGAGGCCGAUGUUAAACUAUCUGGACCUAAGAUAGAAGGAGGUGUUAAAAUGCCAGAUGUAAAUGUAGAUGUUGAGGGUGCAGGGAAAUUCAAAGGCCCAACAUUCAAAACGCCAGGAUUCGAUGUCUCAGCACCCAAGAUACGAAUGCCUGAUGUGGACCUCAGAGGUCCAAAAAUGGGAGGAAAUUAUGACGUGGAUUUGCCAUCUGGAAAGAUGGAAGGCAAGAUCAAAGGACCCAAGGUUGAUGUGGAUGUGCCAGGGGUUGAUGUGGAAGGAGGCGGUGGAGGAUUCAGCAUGCCAAAAUUUAAAAUGCCCAAAUUCCGAAUGGGUGGGUCUAAAGUGGAGGGCCCAGAUAUGGACAUUGAUGCAAAUAUUCCUAGUGGUGACAUUAAACUAUCUGGACCCAAGCUGGAAGGCGAUGUCGAAAUGCCUGAUGUAGAUGUAGAUGUUGAGGGAGCUGGUAAAAUCAAGGGAUCUAAAUUCCACAUGCCAAAAUUCAAUCUCUCAGCACCCAAAAUAGGAAUGCCUGAUUUCAAUCUGGGCGUCAAAGGUCCAAACGUGGAAGGAGAUGUUGGUAUUCCUGAUGUUAACCUGGAAGGUGACAUUAAGGGUCCGAAUGUCGACAUUAAAGCCUCCAGAGUUGAUAUUGAGACACCAGAUGUAAAUGGAAGCAAGGGCAAGUUUUCAAUGCCAUCCAUCCAUAUGCCUAAGUUUCAUGCCCCAGAUAUUGAUUUGAAUUUCAAAAGUCCAAAAGUAAAAGGUGACUAUGAUGUUGAAAUGCCUUCUGGAAAGUUCGAGGGAGAGAUCAAAGCACCUAAGGUUGAUGUUGACAUGGAUGUGCCAGGGGGGGUGAUGUGGAAGGAGGCGGGGAGGAUUCAGCAUGCCAAAAUUUUAAAAUGCCCAAAUUCAGAAUGGGUGGGUCCUAAAGUGGAGGGCCCAGAUAUGGAUAUUGAUGCAAAUAUUCCUGAGGCUGACGAACUAUCAGGACCUAAGAUACAAGGAGGUGUUGAAAUGCCUGAUGUAGAUCUAGACAUUGAGGGUGGCAGUAAAGGCAAGGGAUCUAAAUUCCACAUGCCAAAAUUCAAUCUCUCAGCACCCAAAAUAGGAAUGCCUGAUUUCAAUCUGGGCGCCAAAGGUCCAAAAGUGGAAGGAGAUGUUGGUAUUCCUGAUGUUAACCUGGAAGGUGACAUUAAGGGGUCCGAAUGUCGACAUAAAAGCCCCAAAGUUGAUAUUGAGACACCAGAUGUAAAAGGAAGUGGAUUCAAGAUGUCAAUGCCUUCCAUCCAUUUGCCCAAGUUUCAUGCACCAGACCUUGAUUUGAAUUUCAAAGGUCCAAAUCUAAAAGGAGACUAUGAUGUUGACAUGCCUUCUGGAAAGGUGGAGGGUGAAUUCAAAGGACCUAAGGUUGAUGUGGAUGUGGAUGUGCCACAAGUUGAUGUUGAAGGAGAUGGUGGAAAGUUCAACUUGCCAAAGUUUAAAUUGCCCAAAUUCCACAUGGGUGGUUCAAAAGGAGGUCCAGAUGUGGGAGUUGACAUGAAUCUUCCUGAGGCCGAUGUUAAACUAUCUGGACCUAAGAUCGAAGGAGGUGUUAAAAUGCCAGAUGUAGAUGUAGAUGUUGAGGGUGCAGGGAAAUUCAAAGGACCAUCAUUCAAAUGCCAGGAUUUCGAUGUCUCAGCACCCAAGCUACGAAUGCCUGAUGUGGACCUCAGAGGUCCAAAAAUGGGAGGAAAUUAUGACGUGGAUUUGCCAUCUGGAAAGGUGGAAGGCAAGAUCAAAGGCCCCAAGGUUGAUGUGGAUGUGCCAGGGGUUGAUGUGGAAGGAGCGGGUGGAGGAUUCAGCAUGCCAAAAUUUAAAAUGCCCAAAAUGAUUCCGAAUGGGGGGUCUAAGUGGAGGGCCCCAGAUAUGGACAUUGAUGCAAAUAUUCCUAGUGGUGACAUUAAACUAUCUGGACCCAAGCUGGAAGGCGAUGUCGAAAUGCCUGAUGUAGUAGUAGAUGUUGAGGGAGCUGGUAAAAUCAAGGGAUCUAAAUUCCACAUGCCAAAAUUCAAUCUCUCAGCACCCAAAAUAGGAAUGCCUGAUUUCAAUCUGGCGUCAAAGGCUCCAAAAGUGGAAGGAGAUGUUGGGUAUUCCAAUGUUAACCUGGAAGGUGACAUUAAGGGUCCGAAUGUCGACAUUAAAGGCCCCAGAGUUGAUAUUGAGACACCAGAUGUAAAUGGAAGCAAGGGCAAGUUUUCAAUGCCAUCCAUCCACAUGCCUAAGUUUCAUGCACCAGAUAUUGAUUUGAAUUUCAAAAGUCCAAAAGUAAAAGGUGACUAUGAUGUUGAAAAUGCCUCUCUGGAAAGUUCGAGGGAGAGAUCAAAGGACCUAAGGAGGCGGGGGAGGUUCAGCAUGCCAAAAUUUAAAAUGCCCAAAUUCAGAAUGGGUGGGUCUAAAGUGGAGGGCCCAGAUAUGGAUAUUGAUGCAAAUAUUCCUGAGGCUGACAUUAAACUAUCAGGACCUAAGAUACAAGGAGGUGUUGAAAUGCCUGAUGUAGAUCUAGACAUUGAGGGUGGCAGUAAAGGCAAGGGAUCUAAAUUCCACAUGCCAAAAUUCAAUCUCUCAGCACCCAAAAUAGGAAUGCCUGAUUUCAAUCUGGGCGCCAAAGGUCCAAAAGUGGAAGGAGAUGUUGGUAUUCCUGAUGUUAACCUGGAAGGUGACAUUAAGGGUCCGAAUGUCGACAUUAAAGGUCCCAAAGUUGAUAUUGAGACAACAGAUGUAAAAGGAAGUGGAUUCAAAGAUGUCAAUGCCUUCCAUCCAUUUGCCCAAGUUUCAUGCACCAGACCUUGAU